AUGGCACUAGGCCGAUCUUCACCUAAUGAAAAAGAAAUCAAGAUAAAUGCUCCACCAGAAAUGAUUUUAUCAGCCACACCUCAAGCAAGUAGAACUAAUCCAACUUAUGACCAAUCCUAUUUUCACAAAAAAAUAUUGGAUCAAUAUUCUAAUCUAUAUAAAGAAUGUAGUAGUAAAAAUUUCAGUUAUUAUGGGAUUACUGAUGAAACAUUAUGUGGGAUCUCAAGAGAGACCAUCUGCCUAUUAUGCAAAUUAGAGCAUAAUAAUGAAGAAAUAGAAGAUAAGUAUAAAGCUGGAUCUUACUUUAUUAAGUGUAAACAGCAUGAAAUUGAGAUAACUGCAUAG